GAUAUCCAUGCGCGCAUUUGGACUACUCCAUAUUUUAAUGUCUUUUAGCUUGAGCGUUUGCAGCUGUGGAGUGUUAUUUAAAUUCACGUGUUAUUCUAUUUUUGAAAACACAUAUGUGAUCUGGCGCAGUAAUUUUUAAAUAUUGCGUUCCUUUGAUGGUGUUAUUUUUUCCUACGCUGGACUUUACACGUGAUACAUCCGCCAUUGUCGCUCAUGAGAGGUGAAAGGUUUCUCUAGAGAGUAAUCAUAUCCUUCGGCUGCUAUUUUUUAUACAGUCCCUCAGCGUGGUGCGACCGUCUGACAAAGUAUGUGUGUUGUGAACAAGCUUGCUGUCGCGUUUAAACUGUGUCUGUAGUUCAUAUUUCGUCAACUUUGGCUUGAGGAGUGUCAAAUAUUGACUUACAGCAGUGUUCGCCUGCUCGCACUACCAGGACUCGUCUUUAUCAGCUUAUUUUCUUAGGAGUACCGGUCACGCAGUUUCCAUCGUCUGGCAAUCUCUCAUCGAAUUGCAGUUGAAAUUGGGCAUGCCUUGAUGGUGCAGCCUGGCAAGCAGGAUGAGUUUCAGCAGUGAUGAGGUUAACUUCCUGGUCUACCGCUACUUGCAGGAGUCAGGUUUUGUGCACUCUGCCUACACAUUUGGCAUUGAAAGUCACAUUAGCCAGUCCAACAUCAAUGGAGCCUUAGUGCCUCCUGCAGCACUUCUAUCCAUCAUACAAAAAGGUCUGCAGUAUACAGAAGCAGAAAUCAGCAUCGCAGAGGAUGGGUCAGAGCGAGGCUUGGAGUCUUUGUCCCUGAUUGAUGCCGUGAUGCCAGAUGUAGUGGAAAGUCGAAAACAGGCAGCAAAGGCUCAUGUCAAAACGGAAACUGCCAAUACUAAUGGCGAGGAGGUUUCCCACACUGUCUCCAAUAACCACGAGGCAAUGGAAAUGGAUGGAACAGUAGAGAUCCCCACCAACAAAGCCACAGUUUUAAGGGGGCACGAGUCCGAAGUCUUUAUAUGUGCAUGGAACCCAACUAAUGACCUCUUGGCUUCAGGGUCUGGAGACUCAACAGCAAGAAUAUGGAAUAUGAACGACAACUCUAAUAGUGCCAAUCAGCUGGUUCUUCGGCACUGUAUUCAGAAAGGUGGCACAGAAGUCCCCAGUAACAAAGAUGUCACAUCUUUAGAUUGGAAUUGUGAUGGGACGUUACUGGCUACAGGUUCCUACGAUGGGUAUGCAAGGCUGUGGAGCACAGAUGGUCGACUAGUGAAUACCUUGGGGCAACAUAAAGGACCUAUUUUUGCUCUGAAGUGGAACAAGCGAGGGAACUAUAUUUUAAGUGCAGGUGUAGAUAAAACAACUAUCAUUUGGGAUGCCAGUUCGGGGGCUUGUCAUCAACAGUUUGCAUUUCAUUCAGCUCCUGCCUUGGAUGUGGACUGGCAGAACAACACAAGCUUCGCCUCCUGCUCCACAGACCAGUGUAUCCAUGUCUGUCGCCUUAGCAAUGAACGCCCAAUCAAAACAUUCCAGGGACACACAAAUGAAGUGAAUGCCAUCAAGUGGGAUCCGCAGGGCCUAUUAUUAGCCUCCUGUUCUGAUGACAUGACACUUAAGAUUUGGAGCAUGAAGCAGGAUGCCUGUGUCCAUGACCUGCAGGCCCACAAUAAGGAGAUCUACACUAUCAAAUGGAGCCCCACGGGUCCUGGCACCAACAAUCCCAGUGCUCCCCUCAUCCUUGCCAGUGCCUCCUUCGACUCCACUGUACGACUGUGGGAAGUAGAGCGUGGCACAUGUCUGCACACGCUUACCAAGCACCAAGAACCUGUCUACAGCGUCGCCUUUAGUCCUGAUGGCAAAUACCUUGCAAGUGGUUCUUUUGACAAAUGUGUGCACAUUUGGAAUGUUCAGUCAGGAAGCCUGGUACAUAGUUACAAAGGAACAGGCGGGAUCUUUGAAGUUUGCUGGAAUCAUCGUGGUGACAAAGUAGGAGCCAGUGCCUCAGAUGGAUCGGUGUUUGUGCUAGACUUGAGGAAAUAGAAAGGCAGCAUGGCAGCAGAUGGACUCGAACCCAAGGACAAAUUCUGCUGAACAGUGAGCCACUGGCCGGCUGCAGCUGCCUGCCUGCCAUCGAUCUCAACCUGGCAAGGCUGUGGGUGUACUCAUCAUCAUUGUUGUCUCGUCAUUGACGUUGUCACCGUGGUCUCAUCUUGUGUGAUCGUUGUGCAAGAUUUGCUUUCUUGCGUUGGGAGUCCAGGCAGAGGUCACACUUGCAGGGAAGGGUAACAGUAUGGACAACAACACUGGCUGCUCCCCCACCCACCCAUCCCCCAUAUCUGCAGCAACUGCGAGGGAGAGAGGGUCACAGUGCCAGGUUUCACUGCAGCAAAAUUGACUACAUGUAGCUAUUAACUGCUUCUGAAAGUUGACGGUUGUGAUGAACAGAAAGGACUUCUGACAUUUCUUGUUGUAAUGCUUUGUGACCUUUGGCAGCUACACAAAAGUCCUUGACCUGUGACCUUGCAUUGAUGAAUGAUCUCAUUCACACCUCAUAUGGUGUCUCUAGUAGUGGAGCUGUUCAAAUCUGAGGCUUGGUUUUGUGUGACUGCUUUUUGUGUGAAAGGGGGCUACAGAAAUUUAUAUGGUGAUGACAGGGAAUGCAUGCCAAGUAAAAAUGGAAGCACACACACACAUGUAUGUCAGUUUAAUGUACUACUGUAAAUAAAAAGGCCAAAAUAAAAUAAAUAUCCAAAAAUU